AUGCUGGAUAUCAAAAUUACGGCCUAUACUGUACUUGGCUUUGCCACUGCAAACUGCUCAAUUGAUUUUGUUUGGAGUCAACGACAGCAGGGUGCUAACAGCUAUGGUCAACUAGGCCUUGGCCAUACCGAUGAUAAAAUAACUCCUCAAAAAAUGCCCAAUCUAAAUUUUAAGCCCAAGUGGAUUGGUGGAGGAGGUGGACAUAGUGUUUUCUUAGACGUGUAUGUUGCAGAAACUGGCGAAUUAUAUGCUUGUGGAUGGAAUAACAAUGGUCAGUUAGGACUUGAACAUCAGGAUAACGUAACUCGAUUACAAAAAUUGUCUUUACCGAUUCGAAUGCAGAAGGUUGCGUGUGGAUGGAAUCAUACAAUUGCUUUAUCUGUGGAAGGAAAAUUAUAUUCAUGGGGUUCCAAUGCUUUUGGGCAGCUUGGUCACAGCCCUUGCAGCCGAGGCAGUAUCAUCAACACUCCAACACUUAUCGAGGAUAUUAGCGAUAGAGAAUUUAUUGAUACGUGUGCAGGCCUAAGGCAUACUCAUGCAGUUGAAGCUUGUGGUCAAACAUGGUCAUGGGGAGCUUGUAAAAAAGGGCAGUUAGGAAUCGGAGAACGAAUGGAUAUUGUAGAGAAGCCGGUGUUGAUUUCAACGCUUCGUGGCAUCAGAGUUAAGAAAGUAGUCGCAGGUUCCUAUCAUUCCGCAUGCUUAACAGAAUGUGGAGAGGUCUUCUGUUGGGGAAGCAAUCGAUACGGUCAAUGUACUUUAGCCGAUAAAACAGAGUCUCUAAUCCCUGUUAAGAUUAGCUCUGAAAGUUGCGUCAAUAAAUGCUUUAUAGAUAUUCAUAGUGGUUGGAGUCAUGUUGUCGCCGUUGUUGAAGGAGGUAUUGUCUACAGUUGGGGUCGAUGCGACUACGGCCAAUUAGGAUAUACUGAAUUAUCGGACGGUGACUCAAAACGAUACCAACAAGAACCUGCUUGUGUUCCGAAUUUACAUGAUUUAAGACAAAUUGCAUGUGGCUCUGAACAUAACAUCGUUAUAUCAGGUUUAUAA